GGGGUAGGUCACCAUGUCCUGUCGCUCUGUUCUACUAAUAUUCCCCCAGAGCACUUGGAGUUUGGACCCUGCAGACGCACACUUAAUAACACAGCAUUACUACAGCUUCUUUGCAGAUCAGCAUCAUCUCUUCUCCGGCAUCACUGUGUUGAAAUGCUGAUGGCUUUAAGUUAUGGUAGUCAGCCUAAUCUGCUUUCACAGCAGUACCCACCACCCCCUCUACUGCCAAAACCAGGGCGAGACAAUGCCCGCCUGCAGAAACUCCUGAAGAAAAGUGCCAAGAAAAAAGUUGGCUCUUCCUCACAGACACCAAUUCCGUUCCGGUCGAGUCUAUCACCGGUAAAUGAGGCCAGCCCUGACUUGGAGCACAGUGAGCACUCCACCCCACCAAGGACUCCAGAAACUCCUCUCUUCAGCAGGACAUAUGAAUCUCAAUAUUCCUCCAACAGCUCUUUCUAUGGCCACUCCCCCUCUCCAUACUUAUACCCCACCAGCAGCUCACACUACAGCUCCACGCCCACACUAUCUGCACAGAUGCACUCUUACCCUGCCCGAUCACAUGAGCACCAGAUAGCACCUCUUUACACAUGCUCCUCUAUGCUUUUUGAUGAUGACACUGAUGCAGACACAGACCCGUCCUUUGAGAUAGCUUUCAGCCAAACCUUUCAGUCCGGCUCAAGAGCAGGGAACAUGCGUGGUUCAUUUGGCAAGCAACAGUGCUAUCAAGCCCCAGUGCAAAUGCAAGCUCCCCCUUUAGCUGUAGUUCGACCUCCUGCUCCAAGUUUCACAACAGCCUGUCCACCGGGUUUCCAGCCUUUGAUCUCUCAGGUUCCAGUGAGCCAAUCCAGUGGGGAAGAAUAUAGAAACAUUGCACCUGCACUCAUUACUCAAACACCUCUUACAAACAGCCACAUCAUGGAAACAGCGGGGUCACACACAUCCACAAUGGAAAAAAAUGCUGCUUUUCCACAAACAAAGAUUUAUACUGCAAAGACCUCAUUUUAUGAGACAUCAAAACCCCCUAUUCAGGAUUCUUGGGCUUGUGGUUUUCAAGGAGAAUCACUAUAUAAUGCAAAAACCCUAGUGAUGGAUGUUAAACAGAAUUCAGGUAUGAUGUAUCAAGCACAAACAACUUCUAGUCAAAUAAGUACACUUGGAAGCCCAGAUAUAGAGGCAAAACCAGUUUCUGAAACUUCAACAAGUAAUCAAUCCGUGUUUGCAUUAAAUUCUACAUUAUCCUCCACAAUGGAGGCAACAACCUCUACGGAAAUCCAUCAGGGAGCCAUACCUCAAAAUCACUGGUUUAAUCCUCCUGCAUCGAUUGGUAUAAAGGCUCAAAGUGCCACAGCUGGUCAUGAUAAUGAACUGAAAAAAAUUGCUGUAGAUAAAAUCAGGAAUUCCAUUCCAAAUGGUAUUGUGUUUGCCACAGGGCACAAACCAGUUAUUUCUCAUGCUUAUUCUGAAGAAUGCUUGAUGCCAAAGAUUUCUAAAUGUGAAGUUUCCUUAUCAAAGGCUCUUGGUGAAGCUAAUAAGUCAAGCUCUAGAGCAUGUGAGGUGCUUACAUCUACAGUUCCACAGGAGUAUCCAGUGACUAAAACUGAAACUUCAGAAACCUGUAUAACGACACCAGCCAAGACUGUUCCAACAGAUGUAAGUCAGGAGACGUCCAUGCCUGCUCCCUCCCGAAGCUACCAAACGGCCAAUACUCCACUGUACUGGUCACCAAGACCACCUGCGCGGUUUGUGGCCAACCAAAAGCCACUGCAAAAUGAUAUUAACAUCCCAAAACGAAAGUCAACAUACUAUGGUUUGACCCCUGCUGAAUAUAUUGCUCAUGGUGGAAUCAAAGUAAAUUCACAAGAUGGUCCUUCUGUUUCCAAGUCUGAACUACCAGAAGAUUUGACAAAUGUGGGAUAUGAGAAUUUCAUGUCCAAAUCUUCAACUAAUUUAUCUCAAGAGGUGUUUAGCAUUGCAUCUGAUUUCAAUGCAGAGAAAUCUUCAGGAGAUUUGAAAGCUUUACAAACUUCAGUGGCUGCACAGCUCUCACAAAUCUCAACAACAGACCAAGCAAAUGUACAAGUAGCAGACAAGAAUGAAACGCAAACUAUCAGUAAGCCCCUUUCAGAAAUAUUACUUCAGAGUUUGAAUGAGCAAGAGACCAUUGCUGGAGUAAAACCAAGACCUUUAAAUUUUGAAGAUGUGAUCGACCAUGGGCUUCCAAAUACACGUAUACAAAUGGCAGUAAACACCACUGCUGUGGUAGAGGCUCCUACAAAACAAAGUUCUGUGUCUACAGACAUCUCCACCCCUCCUUUUACAGUGGAGGGGAAAAAAAUGCCAACUUACCCUUUUCCCCUGGUACAGUCAAAUAUUCUGAACUCAAAUACAACCGGAUUGUUAACAAAGAACUUCUUGUCUGUUCAAAAUAUCCCAUACCAAAUGGCUCAGCUAGAGAAUGCACACAGAUCUACAUAUCCAACAGAAAGUUGUAACAUUUCUGCAAACCAAGAGCAGAAAUCUAUGUCAUGCCCUUCCAGGUGUUCUUUAGAAACUCACCAGACGUACUCUGCUGUCUGUGACUCUUCUACCACCGUCAUUAAAAGUAAAGAACUCUAUAAUGUUGUAAAUAACAGCAAUGAAGGUUUCACUGUAAACAAAAUCCCAAACUCAACCAAUGUCACAGACACUAGAAUGCCAUCUGCAGACACCAGAAGUUACACUAAAGUUCCUCCUGAUAUUAAACCUGCAAGAAAGCCAGAGGAAACUAUAUCUGCGCACUCAAGUUUAGGACCAUCUAUCUUUUCAGCCCCGUCAAAGACAGAAAUAUCCAGACCUGGGGCCUUAUGUCAGUCUACUCCAGGCAAUCAUGUAGUUGUCCCCAAAUCAGACAAAUUUAAUCCUCCAAGUCCACCUAAAACAGACAUGUUUAAAACGUUAUGUCCCUCUAAGCCAGAGUCAUCUCAAAUUGCUAAUCAAUCUAAAUCAGGUGCAUUUAAUCCUGUUGUUCACACCAAUCCAGAAGCAAAUAAAAACAAUGUUCUGUUAAACCCACAUUCAACACAUCCCUUACUGAAAUCCACUGCUAAAAUCAACCAAAGCAUGAUGGAAACCAAAGGUCAACAUGAUGUCAGUGUGAAACAUAUUCCAGGUGCUACAAACAAAACAAACACGUUAUCUAAUAUUCCACCAGAUGUACAGAUAUCUGUACCUAACACUGAAACACCAGUUUCCUGCUUGGCAAUGGAGAAAAAACAAAGCAAUGAAGACUUAAAACCCCUCAGUGGUGCAACAAAAGAGCCAACUACAGGUCUGUUGUCAGUUUUUAAGAACGGCAAAAAAAUAAAUAAUGAUUAUAAAGCUGCAGCUGAUGUUACAUUAGAAUCUAAAUCAGGCAAUUCAACAGUACUACAAAGAAGUUUAAAAGCAUCAAAUGAUGUAUCCCAAGACACCAAAUGUAAUACGGAGAGUGUCCAGACCAAAUCUUUAAAAUCUGAAACUCAGAAGCCUUUACCAAGUUCAAAUGUCAAGUCUUUCCAAAAGGCUGCAAGUGCAGAAAACAGUCUUGCAGCCAUGCUUCUCAAAGCUGCCAAAUCUCUGCCACGCUCUUCAUCUGAGGACAGCUCUGCUAAAGCUCAGACAGAAGCCAAAGCAUCUAAUAUGGAGGUAAAGACACCACACAAAGCAUCCCAGGAUAGUAAAGUUGAUCACAGUGCUGAUGUCAAAGUUUCAAAGUCUGAUACCUCAAAACCUCACAAGUCUUCAAAAGAAUUAUCAAGCACUGAAAAACAAAAUGAGGUUGUAGCCACUGAACACAAGAAAGAGACUCCUACUGAGCCAAUCCCAGAUGAUCAGAAGCAGCUAAAUGAACCUAAAGCAGCUCAGAAACCCAAAGGCCUGAAGGCCAAACUCAGUGGCUGGUCAAGGCUGAAAAAGCACAUGGUGGUUGAACCUGAUGUCCCAGAUUUUCCAGAUUUUGAAGUGGACAAAAAUGCUCAGAAAGAUGAUAUAAAGAUGAGUGCAAAAGACAAGUCCGUAGGGGCCAAAGAAGAGUCGACGGGUGGACAUGAUGUGGUAAAGAAAGAUGAGCCCAGGGCAACAAAAAUGUGGGAUGCUGUACUUUUUCAUAUGUUCGCCACAAAAGAGAACAUUAUGAAGCAGAUACAUGGUAACAAAACGGAUGAGGAGCGGAAAAACAUGGAGAAGGAUAGCCAGUUAGUACCAUCAUUUGUCAGCCGCUUGCCCAUCCUUCUCUACAGCCCACGCUUUGAUGCCCGGAAGCUGAAGGAGGCAGCUGCCAAACCUCUCAAUAAAAUAGCUACAGCCUUCGAACGAGGGCUGCUGAAUCGCAAACAAAAAGGUGAAGAGCCAAAAGACUUCAACAGAAAGGCCAGAGGAUUUGGUUCAUCUACAGGAAAAACGGAAGACGUUUGAUUGCAUUUUGAAUAUACAGUGUUGAGUUGAUUUAGAGAUUAUUCAAAAACAACCAGAGACUCGCCGCACAUUUAAAACAAUAAUCCAGGCGAGGGGUGUUGACCAAAAAGAUACUUAAAAAGAAAAAAGUCUGCACAUUCCACCAAAAUUUUUGCAAUUCAGUAUUUUGAUCGACGUUGGCUCAAUGGUUAGCACUGUUGUCUCACAAGAAGUUCACUGGUUUGAGUACAGGUUGGGCCAGUUGGCAUUUCUGUGUGGAGUUUGCAUGUUCUUCUCGUGUAUAUGUGGGUUUCUGCUGGGUGCUCUGGUUUCCCCCACAGUUUAAAAACAUACGGUACAGUGGUCCCUCUUUUAUUGCGGGAGUUACAUUCUAAAAAUAACCCACAAUAGGCAAAAUCUGAAGUAGUAUAUAUAUAUCAGUCAUAUAUAUAU